AUGACUGACUACUGCAACACUGUCAGAAAACUAGAAAAGCACUUUGAAGGGUUGGAGCUCCAUCAUGUGCCGCGACUCAAGAACCAAGCAACUGACGAUCUGGCCAAGAUGGGUUCCGCUCAAAAAAUGGUGCCCAAGAACGUGUUUCUAGAACGCUUACACUCGCCCACAAUCAAGGAAGAUCCUUUUGUGGAAGAUCCCCUGCAACCAGUCGAUCCUUCCAAUCCGAAUGAAGUAGACAUUCCUGCAAUACUUGAUCUGGUCCAAGAGAUACUGAUCAUCACUCCCAAGUGGACCGAGCCAUACCUGGCAUACUUGCUCCGGCAGGAGCUCCCAGAGGAUGAAGAUGAAGCCCGCCAGAUCGUCCGCCGAUCCAAGGCCUUCACCGUCAUGGGGGGCCAGCUGUACAAGAAAAGUAUGACUUGA